AUGAGUGAUACCGUAUGGUAUUUUUCUUUCUCUUUCUUAGCCACAUCUCUUUAGUUUCCUUUCAUCUGCAGUAGUUCCCUAGCCUUUGUCUUUCAUGACCUUGCCAUUUUGGAAGAGCGUAGGCUAGCUGAUGUGUGGACUGUUUGUUUCCUUGUGAUUGGAUUCAGAUGGUGCCCUGUGGCAGGUGCACCACAGAUGUGAUGUGCCCUUCUCAGUGCACCCUCCGGAGGCAUAGGAUAUUGGUUUAUCUCAUUGCUAAUGGUGUUAACUUUGACUCUUGGUUAAGGUGAUGUCUGUCAGGAUCUUAGAGUGCUGUAAAAAAUAACUUUUUCUCUUUGUGAUUAAUAAAAAACCGGUGGGGGUGAUUCAUGGAGACUAUGUGACAAUCUUGUUCCUCACCAAACUUUCAGUCACUUGUCUUAGUCUCCAUUUAUGGUUCUUGCCUGAAUCUGUCUUUACUGUGAUGUUACUAAAUGAUGAUAUUUGAACUUGACCAUUCCUCCUACCCUAUCCUUAUUAUUGGUCCUGUUUUUUAAAAAGUCCUUUUUAAAUACCUGUAGCUCUGCUCCUCGGUGAAGCAGGCUGGCUUCUAUAUGUUCAUUAUAUCAGAUUACUGAGAAUUAAAACAUCCAAUGAGAAUCAGAUAUUCUAAUCUGAAAUGGAAAAACGUACUCCAGGUGGGAGACUUUUGACAUAUCUGAAGGACAGAAGGGGGAAGGGAUGUGGUGGGGAGACCUAGACAGCUGCCCCUGCACCUCUGCCUGCUUGGACAGCAUGGGAAUGUAGGAGGCUGAUCCAUGAGAGCAAAAGAGAAAGCAUUGUGCGCAGUAUCAGAUUGUCCAGUGAGUGUAAGGGUCUGCUUUCAACCAUUUUCAAAUGGUUAUAAAAAGAGCCAUGCCACAAAGGUUCUAUUACCGACCUGGGUUGUUGGACUCGUUAAUCAUUAGAAAUUGGUAAGAGGCCAGAUGAGAAAUUCAGGCAAGGCUUUAUUGAGACUCAUGCUGUAGCAGGAGGAAGUGAAAACAAAGAAGAGUUUCCCUUGCUUGCGCUCUGAGGGUGGGGUGAACUGGUCCCUUAAAUGGGUGAGGGUGGAGGUGGACCUGGUAGCAAAGGUGGUGUGCCCACCCCCUUGGUGAUGCUGUGUGCGGGGAUCACAAGCAGGGCCCUGCUUCUGCUCCCAGCACCUCAGAAGUGACAGUUAGGUUUUGGUCUUUUUGUAUUUUUGUUGCUCAUAAUUUGCUCCAACUGUGUGUGCAGUUAUUUUUAGUCCCUUAUAGUUUGUUUGUAUUCUGCUGCUCCAGGAGAUGUCUGUCCAGGUGCAAGCACUGCACCAAAGGGCCCCAGACCCCAGGACCCAGCCUGUCUCAGGUCUAUAUUAUGAACAUUGAAUAACCUGUUUAAGUAGCAAGUCAUUGAACCCUAUGCUAGUAAAAUUAUCAUAUAAAUAGGUUUCAGUAAAUGCAUGAGAGAAUUUGGACUUUGAAGGCUAAAUCUCAUUUGAAAUCAAUAUAUAAAAUGUUAUUCCAAAGAACGUUUAUGUCUCUGGAUGAUGUGUUGAGUGAAAAAAAAAUUUUAUAAAGAUUUUAUUUGUUUGGGCCCACUUGUGUUGGUUGCAAAAUAUAUCUUUGCCACUUUUAGUGAUUUCUCAUGCUGCUAUUUAUAGACUAAUUCAAAGAUUCUUUGUCGGAUAAAUAAACAGAAUGGCAUUCAUUAUUCUUUUCCGUUUUAGCUUUUAUUUAAAAAUUCCUCUUAAGUAUGUAGCUUGUAAAUCUCUUGCUUCAUACUUCGCUGACAUUCCUCUCUUUUAUAGGUACCUCCUAUUUAACAGACAUUGUGUGGUGGGCAGGCACAAUUGCAAUGGCUGUUGGCCAGAUUGGAAACUUCCUGGCUUACACGGCGGUCCCCACGGUCCUGGUGACUCCUCUUGGUGCCCUUGGAGUGCCGUUUGGGUCCAUUUUAGCUUCUUACCUUCUGAAAGAGAAGCUCAACAUCUUGGGCAAGUUGGGGUGUCUGCUAAGCUGUGCGGGUUCUGUCGUGCUGAUUAUCCACUCCCCGAAGUCUGAGAGUGUGACCACCCAGGCCGAGCUGGAGGAGAAGCUGACCAACCCAGUGUUUGUAGGCUAUCUGUGCAUCGUGCUGCUCAUGCUGCUGCUGCUCAUCUUCUGGAUCGCGCCGGCCCACGGGCCCACCAACAUCAUGGUCUACAUUAGCAUCUGCUCCUUGCUGGGGAGCUUCACCGUGCCUUCCACCAAGGGCAUUGGGCUGGCGGCGCAAGACAUCUUCCACAACAACCCGUCCAGUCAGCGGGCCCUCUGCCUGUGCCUGGUGCUCCUGGCCGUGCUCGGCUGCAGCAUCAUCGUCCAGUUCAGGUACAUCAACAAGGCGCUCGAAUGCUUCGACUCCUCCGUGUUCGGGGCCAUCUACUACGUCGUGUUCACCACGCUGGUCUUGCUGGCCUCGGCCAUCCUCUUCCGGGAGUGGAGCAACGUGGGCCUGGUGGACUUCUUGGGCAUGGCCUGCGGGUUCACCACCGUCUCCGUCGGGAUUGUCCUCAUACAGGUGUUCAAAGAGUUCAACUUCAACCUGGGGGAGAUGAACAAAUCUAACGUGAAAACAGACUAGGCUGCAGCAGGGGAUUGGAUGGCUUGAGGAACAGGAAACGGAUGUGGUUUCUGGUCCUGGUUUGAUGUAAAGUGGAAGAGACCGUGAAUCGCUGGUGUUAGAGUUGCCUGUACACUGGUGGGUGGGCUGCUGGAGAGUGAAGCCAUGUUGCUCAGCACCAGGGUGGGGGCCUGGCCCUCCGCACGCUGGAGUUGCUCGGUGGUUGCCUGGGCCCCAUCUCUCUGAUGAGAGGAAUCUCACGUUCAUUGCCAUUAACCUGGAAGCUUUCAUGAAUACUCUUUGCUUUGAAAACAUUUCAACAUUAUUUAAGUAGAAAAUAAAGAUGGGCCUUUUCUGGUUAGUCUUUGCAGGGGAGCAGAUACUCUUACUUAGAAUCUUACUUUGGAAAUGGGAGAAAUUGUUGUCUUGAAGUCUGACUUUACAGCAAAUGUGUCUGUAGUUCUGGUAUUUCGUGUUAAGCAUGUAUAAUUUUCAGGUACCUCAUUCAAAUAAGAGGUGCGUGCAUUUGUUUUUAAUCCUCUAAUGAGCUGACUCUCCUAGCCACCCCCACUUCAAGGCAUUUUAAUUGCAAAUAGAGAAGAAUGAAUGGACAAGAUGGAGUUGUUCCAUUUGCAGGAUGAUUUCAAUAGCUCAGAUCAAUUUCAGUGCCUUUUACCACUUGAACUAUUCACUUAAUUUGACUAUUCCUGUGUGUCUGUUCUCUUAGAUUGGAAUACUGCAGCCUCCUUGAUUAUACUUUUACUAUUUCACUGUUCAAAAUAUCAAUGCUCAAGGCAGUUAGGAAUAAUAGUAUAUUCAUUCAUUGGAAGAGAGUCCAGACUAAAGACUCAUUCGCGUAAAUUGACCCUUUCAGCAUGUAGUGAUCGCCCAGUUAAAGAGAGUUGACUUAGGGAGCGUGAGGUAUUUAAUUUGUAUUCAGUCUAAUGUAACUGGGAUCCAGUAUUAAAUAUAUCCGUGUUCUCUUUCAGCAAGCAUUGUGGCCACUCAGAAGAAAUAAAUUAUUUACCUUGAUAGUAAGGCUGUUAAAGGAGAGAGUAAGUGUUCAGGAGCACAUAUGAGUUCCCUGUAACUCAGGAAUAAGUUAAAGGCAAAAUGAAGCUUAGAUCAGUUUCUACAAAUUGGAACACAUAGAGUUUUCAGAAGAAUUUCUAGCAAAAAUGAAGACAAUUAAUUUAGCCACCUCCCUGUUGUUUGAGAUGACAGAGCACCCUACAGUUCCUCACCCAACCUCUCACUAAACUUCUGAAGUGCAAAAUUCACCAUUAAUUAACUAAUCCAGUAUAUGGAUCAAAUAGGCCAUUUGUCUGUCUGUAUUACCCUACCAUGUGUAUUAAAUGGGAACAAAGCACAGAGUGGUUCAGAUGUUUCAUCGAGAUAUCACGUACUUCAUGUGCAAUGUUGUCUCUAAUUAGGGAACUAUGCCAGGUUGAAAGGUGAGAUUGGCUAAGGUGGAUCUGGUGAAGUAAAACAUGAAAUUUAGUAACACCCAAUUAAAGUGACUAAGUGAUGUCAAUAGGAGAAAAUGUGUUUUUCAGACAGAAAGAAUAUUUCUAAAGACCCAAGGAGUAGUUCCCUAAAGUGUGGAACAAGGAGGCUAAAUAAAAUGAGGAUAGUUUAACACAGAGCAAAAAACACCUUUAUGAAUUAAAAGUACUUAUGAUGAUCAUGGGUUGUGAGUUAUGAGCUAAGAGCAGCAACAAGAUUAUUUUAAAAUUAAAAAAAAUUACAGUAACUGAUAUUAACAAAUGCUCAAAAAACUCAUUACUCUUUUUGUCAACUCUUGAAGGUUUGUUUUUUAUCAGUAUUUUUAGGAAUGACGGCUUAAAUUUAUUGAACUGAACUUCCUGAAAAUAUAAUGUAGCAGUAUCAAUAUACUUUUAGGCAUUAAAAUAGUUUUCUAGGUAAGGAGUCUGAGAUAUUCAAAGAACACAUGUGGCCGUACAAGUAAAAUGAGAAAGUUCCCGUGUCAUAUGGAAAUUACCAUUUUGGGGGAUACAACUUACAUGUGAAGCUUAUUUUAUUUAAAUGCAUCUAUUGGUGUUCUUACUACGGCUAAUCCAUGAUUAUACUGCAGAUACUUAGAGGUGAGGUUUUCCAGAUUACCUCCCUGUGAUUUUUUUAGAGUAAAACAAAAUCUCGAUGUAUUAAUAGCCUGUCUCCUCUUGAAGGUGAUGUGUCCCCAGGACAGUUUGACUCUCCCAAGUUUACAUCUGUUCAGCAAGUUAUUCUGGGGGUGAUACCCAGCUUUUCUUCCAGUGGAACAAUGUUCAGAUCAUCCAUUAUAUUCCAAAUGCAUGACUCUCGCCUCAAAGCAAUUGACACGAUCAGCAGUCUAACCGCCUCAUUUUCAAGUUUAACAUAGAACAAAUUACUUCUGACUUAAUAGUAUUUAUUUUACUAAUUCAUGUUCUUUUAAUAAUUUAUUUGGAAUUGCAAAAAAUAAAAAAAUAAAAGCUUCAAAAGGGAAGGCCCAGAAUGGGGAUAGGUGGUAUACUGGUCUUUCCAAAAGUAAAUACAUAUAAAACAUUUGCAUUAUUAGGCCGUUCUUUGCAUCUUAUCUUUGAUAAAACUAAGGGGAAAAUGCCUGCUGUCUGCUUGUUUUCAGGCCUCCUCUAAAACCAUGUUUGUGAUCACAACUUACAGAUUUACUCUGGAGAGAUACUUAAAUAGGCCAUUUCUCUCCUCUCCUGCUUGGAAAAUGCCUCGUCUUCUCAUCUAAAUCUUUGCAUUUAAAACAAUUGCUUCCUGUUCUGCUCAGUAAUCAAGUGUAGGACCUAUUCAGGAUUCUAACCCAAACGCAGCCCCAAGCCCAGCCUGGGUGUUUGCUGUGUGGAAGGACUGCUCCAUCUCUGCCGAGAAGGCUCUGGAGAGGAAGGGCAGGGUGCUCCCUGCCGCCUGGAGGGCAAGACCUGCCCACAGCUGGGACUCGAGGGAGGAAUCAUCACUCAGAUGUCACUGUGGUCUUCUCACAUUAGAGUGUUUGUGAAACACACUUCGCCGCUCUUGGUUCAGCAAUAAGAAAUAUUCUUUCAAGUCCUCCUUUUCAAGCCAGUUUGUUACAUGCAGUUUUAUUUCCAGAAGUUCAUUCCAGCGGGAGUAAUUCUGUCUUUGGAUUUUUUUCUUUGGGUUUCGUGUCUGAUCGAGAAAGCACUACUAAAGUGUGCAGUCACCUGUCACCUCCCUUCUUCCUCAACCGCUCAGCUCUUUGUAAAUUCUGUGCUUACUUCCAGAGGCCAGUUCCUAGACAUCCGUAAAGCGCUUGAGAUGUGCUGUCUCCGGGCGUGGACGGGCACUGCCGUCCACGGGGACAGGUGUUGCUCACAGGCCACUGCCAGGCUGCCAGGUUCUUGUUGGGAGAUGAGUCCUCUCCUCUCUAAGCUGCUCAGCUGAUGCAGAAGUCUGCAGCGCUAAGCCCAUCGCUCUUCUUUGAUGCCUGCUUGAUCCUGACUUAGGCUUCCUGCAACUGUGUAGGAACCUAGGAAGAGAAGACGCUUCAGUUUAGAUCUGUUCAUGACUGUCUCGUUGGCUCCGGUGGCCUGGAAAAGUUGUCCUUACCGUGGCUGACAUCAAGGGAGUAGUUCACCCAUCAAGCAGGGUUAGAUGGAAUCUUGGUGUUCCACCUUCUCAGGGACCAAAACCGUAACAUGAACUUAGCAUUCACCUUCCUCCCAAGGACGUGUCUGUGUGAGUUUUUCGUAUGUUUUCCUCAUAUUCAUAGCUAGAGGUCUGUUAACUUGAGUUGGAAAGAGAAAAAAAAAUCAGUUUGCGCACCAGUCACACCAUAAAAGAGUUUAUCAUAUAAAAUACCUCAACUUUCUGUAUUCCUUACUUCCACCUCAAAAGUUGUACUGGUGAUGAAUUUUAAGGGUCUGUCCUUUAGUUUAUAGGUGAUUUUUCACAUCUGGCCAGAUUCUUAUACCUCCAUCAUAUACUUGAAAAGAUUAAGAAUUAUAGGAAUGGAAACAAGAAUUUGGCCCAGUAUCACCAACGCAUUUAUUUUCAUACACGUUUCUCACACACUGUUAAUUGCAACAAAAUAAUUAUAUUUUAAGAAAAUGUAACUUUGUGUUACAUCAAAAAAAAUGUUGUCUAGUAGAAAGUUGAUAUUCAGUGUAACAGAUCACGUAAAUAAACAUUAUUUUAAAUGUACCUAAUGUGAUUAAAAAAAAAAAAAGCUUAGUCUAGGGCCUAGAGCAUGAGCCAGGGAGAAGGAUUUGUUUGUUUUUUUCUGUAUUUUUUCUUGAAUUUUGCAACUAUAGGUGAGUCACUUAACCUUUCUGUGCCUCAGUUUCUCUACCUCUAAAGGGGUGGUGUGGUCCUCCAGAUCUACUGUUUUAAAGCACACGCCGGUUAGCGUGUGCGUGCUGGGAGCCUCAGACCAGAGCGCCGUGGGCAGGGAUGCUCUGGAGGGACGCACUGAGCAUCCUGUCUGCUCAGACCGUGCUGCAGACAUGCAGCUUCAAGCACUGAGUAAGCAAAGGAAGCACUGGGUAUAAAGUUUGCAUGAUUUCAUGAAGCUUUAAUUUCCCUUUUUUGUUGUUUUAAAAGGAAGGGUUUUAUAUAUUCCGUUGUAAAAUAUGGAAAUUAAACAGGGACUUAAAAAAGCUGCACUGAAAGAUCACAUUCUGAUGGUGUGAUGAGCUUCUCU